AUGUCCCAUCGUAACAGCAGCGUCGUCGCUAUCGAUGCGGAACAGGCACGCCGCCUCUCAAUUGCCGUCCCGGACAUCAAACAAGUCGCCCACGAUGCCGGCAACGCGACGCGAUCAGAACAACAGAUGACCUUGCGACAGGGUGUCAAGUUGUACCCAAAGGCCAUUGCCUGGUCGGUGCUACUUUCAGCAGCCAUCAUCAUGGAAGGCUUCGACAAAGUCUUGAUCGCCAAUCUGAUGGCAGUGCCUGCCUUCAAGCAAAAGUUUGGUCAACAGCUCCCCAACGGCGAUUGGGAACUCACAGCCGCCUGGCAAGCUGGCCUUACAAACGGUGCAUACGUCGGAGAGUUCACGGGUCUGCUCCUGAACGGUCUUAUUGCGGAUCGCUUCGGGUACAAGAAGACAAUGAUCGGCGCGCUAUUCGUCGUCAACCUCUUCAUCUUCAUCGUCUUCUUUGCGCAGAACAUCGUCAUGCUACUAUGCGGUCUCAUCCUGUGCGGUAUACCGUGGGGUGUCUUCCAGACCCUGACCUGCACCUACGCUGCAGAAGUCGUACCGGUUCCGCUCCGCCCAAUUCUUACAACAUACGUCAACCUCUGCUGGGUCAUCGGUCAAUUCCUCGCCUCAGGCGUUCUCAAGGGUGUGGCCGAGCGCCCCGACCAAUGGGCAUACCGCAUUCCAUAUGCUCUGCAGUGGCUCUGGCCACUUCCUUUGAUGAUCGGUAUCUCUUUCGCACCUGAAUCACCAUGGUGGCUUGUCCGAAAAGACCGCUAUGACGAAGCCAAGAAGAUGUUGAUGCGCCUGACAUCGCCAGAGAAGCUACCCGACUUCAACGCCGACGAGACCAUUGCUAUGAUGCGCCACACCAAUGCCAUGGAGAUGGCAGUUUCUGAGGGUACUUCAUACUUGGACUGCUUCAAAGGCACCGAUCUUCGACGAACUGAAAUUGCUGCCAUGGCAUGGUUUACACAAGCUUUCUGUGGAGCAGGUCUUAUCGGCUAUUCAACUUACUUUUUCCAGCAAGCAGGCCUUAGCGACGAGAACGCCUUCUCCAUGAGUCUUGGACAAUACGCGAUUGGCGGUGUUGGUGUCUUCGCGGCCUGGAUCUUGAUCCAACGCGUAGGCCGCCGCACUUUGUACGUUUACGGCGAUCUCGUCAUGGUUCUGCUCUUGAGCAUCAUUGGAGGUCUUGGUUUCAUUCCAGCUGGCAACACUGGUGCGCAAUGGAGCAUCGGCGCUAUGCUUUUGCUUUUUGCUGCUGCAUACAACUGCACAGUCGGACCUGUCUGUUACUCAAUCGUCGCAGAGAUCCCAUCCACCCGUCUCCGCCAAAAGACGGUUGUCUUGGCCAGGAACUUCUACAACUUCGGUUCCAUUAUCGGCAACGUCAUCACCCCACGCAUGCUCAACCCUGGUGCUUGGAAUUGGGGCGCAAAGAGUGGCCUAUUCUAUGCUGGAACUUGCUUUUGCUGCUUCAUCUGGGCGUUCUUCCGUCUUCCUGAACCAAAGGGCCGAACUUACGGAGAGCUCGAUCUCCUCUUCGAGCAGCGUGUUCCUGCCAGGAAAUUCAAGAGCACAGUCGUCGAUAGCUUCCAUGUUAGUGAUACCGAGAGCGAGUAUGCUGAGAAGAAAGGUGUGUCGACGCACCUAGAGCAGGUCAAUUCCAGGGAUGCUGCUUGA